UAUGCACGCGAAAAUAUCUAUCCCCGAUUUUGACUGGCAUUGAAGGCAGACGUCGCUCUCUUGCUCGGUUGCUUGGUGUUCCAACUGCUGUUGCUUGCCUUGUUGGGUAAGAGCUUCCCUCCCUGCAACCUAUCAUCUCCUCCGUGACGAAACCCAAAUCUAGCCAUCCUCAAUAAUAAUAAUAAUAAGUUAAUAAUCCAUAUGCAAUGCACAAAUAAGUAGCAGCUCCAAGGUGCAUUACAAUAUUCAAGCACACACAUCAGUAACUGGCUCAGACAGAUAGAGAACUAAUCUCCCCUCAAUGAUCCUCGGAGCUCCCACCGCUCAUCACGUCCUUCACCACCUUCCCGUCCGGCCCCCGGGACCGGGUCCGGGCUACCGCGGCGGCAGGCGGCUCCUCUCCACGGCGGCACACGCCGCCGCGCGGCGUGACGACGAUGCCACCGCCGGCGGCGCAGAGCCGGCGCAGGGCUCGUCGUCGGGGCCGGAGAGCCUGAGGUUGACGGCGCUGGCGACGACGGACACCAUGGCGGCGCCGGCGGGGUUGCUCCCGUUGUGCAAGGACUACAGCCACACGCUGUUCCGGUCGGAGUGCCUGGAGGUGCUGGGCAUGGUGGACCUCGAGUCGCUUCGGAGGCGGCCGCGGAUCACCGUGGGGGUGACGGUGAAGGCCUCCGUGGUGCUCCCGGUGCUGGUGGUCCUCGCCGUCCUCUACCUCACGGACAUGGCCAAGGGGGUCGUCGAUUGGACGCACCACCUCGAGGGCGAGGACGUGAAGGGGGACUAGUUAGCGCAGGGACGAUGGGAUUGUCCCUGUCGCACACAAUGAACUUCCAUCAGCUCCGCAUUCAGAUAUCUGCUUCUCCAUUCUAUUCUUUCUGUUAUGGAACAAGCAGUUACAUUAGUGAUUAAUUAGGAUGUCCUUAUAUGUAAAUUGUAAUUACAGAUAAUUACAACAAGGGGAUCCCACCACCCCGAAAGGAUGCCUCCAACGGGUCACUCCGAAGGGGUGUCUCCAAGGGGUCAUCCUGUCUGUUCGGUGGGUAUAUAUUAUACACAUCAAUGAGAAUCAAUCCUUCCCAUUCUA